AUGUUCGUUGCCACCGUCCUUCCAGCAGACCCACCAGCUCCGGAGACAUCGAAAGCUACCAUUGCACUAAAGUCUGGCACCUUGCAGCUGGAGGCCACUUCAGAACCUGAGACUCCCAGGUCACCCACGAGGUCACCCACCCGGUCACCCACCAGCAAUAGCAUCCCCUCCGCCGGCGGCGCACGGGCAGCCACUGCAUGGAACGAGGACAGCGUGCCAUCUGCCGGCGGCGCGCGGGCCGCGACGGUGUGGUCGGACACCAGUGCCAGCAAGCUGGAGCUGGUGGAAGAUGAUGAUGGUGGUUGCCAUUGGCGUGUCCCCUUAUGCUACUUCUUUGCCGCUCUGCUCUGGGCCCUUCUGUUGUUUGCUUUUCUGCGGAGCGACAACCCAAAAGUGCAACCAGAGCUUCGGAAAGUGGUCUUAUGGUAUGGCGUGAUUUUAUUGUUGGUGCCGGCCUGCGUUUUCGCUUUCAAGGCGAUCAUGGGCUCGCGAGUGGCCAACGGCUUGAGGAAAUUGAGUGACUUUGUCUUGAAGAUGGAACUCAAGGUGGAUUCUGCAUACGUCGAUAUCAGCGAGGGUCUCAUUUGCAUUGACGGCUUGGAGCUGGGGAAUCCGCCGGAACGUGAAUGGCGAUCGCCAUAUUUGCUGACGGCAAAGCGAAUUCGCUGCCACGUUCUGCUGCGCGACUUCCUCAUGUCUCGCUGCCGUCAGCUUACAGUGCAGCAGCUCCAUGUUGUGGGCAUGGAGCUCAUGUACGAAAAGACCUUCAAUUCUUCGAACGUCAACGAUACUUUGACAAAGAUCAGCGAGAUCAAAGAGAACCUAAGGCCUCCUGAGAACAAGCCCCCCGAGCUGAAGUUGAGAGAGGUUCGGAUUCAGGACAUCGCAGUGCGAGUGCAGGGUUUUGUUGGUGCCCGCGCCAAUAUGGCGGUAGCAGACCUAACCUAUGAGGACUUUUCCUCAGAGGUGGGCCCGGUGAAGGCGGAAUUCCUCCUAGUUCUGCUCCUGAAGACUGUCCUGAAGUCCGCGGUGAGUAAUGUCCUGGGCCUCAACACCUUCCGCAGUCUCUUUGGUUACGAUGGUGGUGAGGUCUGA